CUGGGAGUUCUAUCAGGAAGACACCACUCAUGUUCCCAUAUGUAUCUCUCUCAUUGCUGUGGAGCCCUUGGGUCACUGCUUAGGGAUCUGUGAGCAAGAGGAGCCUCAGAAGUCAGGACAGGUAGGACACGGGAGCAGCUGUGAUGGCUUCAGGAAUCUUGGUGGGCAUAAAGCAGGAGGUGUCCUGCCCCAUCUGCCUGGAACUCCUGACAGAACCCCUGACCCUAGACUGUGGCCACAGCUUCUGCCAAGCCUGCAUCACUGCAAACCACAAAGAGUCCAAGAUAGUCCAAGAGAGAGAUAGCAGCUGCCCUGUGUGCAGAAUCAGUUACCAGCUUGACAACCUGCGACCUAAUCGGCACUUGGCCAACAUAGCAGAGAGACUCAGGGAGGUCAACUUGAGCCCAGAGAAGGAGCAGAAGAGAGAUCUCUGUGUGCGCCAUGAAGAGAAACUCCUGCUCUUCUGUAAGGAGGAUGGGAAGGUCAUUUGCUGGCUUUGUGAGAGGUCUCAGGAGCACCAUGGUCACCACGCAGUCCUCAUGGAGGAGGUUGCCCAGGAAUAUCAGGAGAAGCUCCAGGCAGUUCUACAAAGGCUGAGGGACAAGCAGCAAGAAGCUGAAAAGUUGAAAGCUGAUGUCAGAGAAAAGAGAUCUUCCUUGAAGAAUCAAAUAGAAAAUGAGACACAACGUGUCCAGGCAGAGUUUAAUCAAAUAAGAGGUAUCCUGGACUGUGAGGAGCAGAAGGAGCUGCUAAACAUGAAGAAUGAGGGAGCAGAUGGUCUACACAACCUGGCUGAUGCUGAGAAUGAGCUGGUCCAGCAGAGCCAGUUGGUGAGAGCUCUCAUCUCAGAUGUGGAGCAUCGGUUACAGGGGUCAACGAUGGAGAUGCUGCAGGAUGUCAAUGGCAUUGUAAAAAGGAGUGAGACUUUGACUCUGAAGAAGCCAAAAUAUUUUCCCAUGGAACAAAGGAAAGUAUCCCAAGCUUCUCAUCUGAUAGAGAAAUUGCAAGUAUUUAAAGAGCUGACAGAGGUCCAAUGCUACUGGGUGGACUUUAUGCUGAAUCCAGUCAACACUAUUUCUGGUGUUGUCGUGUCUGCAGAUCAGAGACAAGUGAGAGUUGUGCACCCUUCUCCAUCAAGGAAUAUACAUCCAAGUUAUUAUUCUGCUUUUGAUGUCUUGGGCUGCCAAUGUUUCUCCUCAGGGAAAUAUUACUGGGAAGUAGAUGUGUCUGAGAAGUUUGCCUGGAUCCUGGGGGUAUGCAGUAAUGAAAGGAAGUUCAAUAGCCAUUGGAUCUUCGGGUUUACUUUUGUCCCAAAAGUAAAUCCUCCAGAGAUAUACUCCAGAUACAGACCUCAAAAUGGCUACUGGGUUAUAGGGUUACAGAAUGAAUCUGAGUACAAGGCCUUUGAGGACUCUUCCACCUCUGAUCCCCAUGUCUUGACUCUUUCCACGGCUGUUGCUCCCCGUCGUGUUGGUGUUUUCCUAGACUACGAAGCCUGCACAGUCUCAUUUUUCAAUGUCACAAACCAUGGGUCACUCAUCUAUAUAUUCUCUGAAUGUUGCUUUUCUUGCACUGUUUAUCCGUAUUUCAAUCCUUUGAACUGUCCAGGCUCCAUCACCCUGUGUCCACCGAGCUCCUGA